GUUGCUGAUGGGCUUCCGUACUGCGUUGAUAACAGGCACACACCAUUCACAAAGCUGUGCAACAAAAUUAUUUCUGGAGUUUUAUUCUCAUUGUCACAGCCAUGAGCCGAAGUUACAACGAUGAACUGCAGUACUUGGACAAGAUCAGCAGUAAUUGCUGGCGAAUUAAAAAGGGCUUUGUGCCCAACAUGCAGGUUGAAGGAAACUUCUACGUGAACGAUUCCCUGGAAAAAUUGAUUUUUGAAGAGCUUCGUAAUGCCAGUCGAGGGGGAGGUGUUGGUGGAUUCCUCCCAGCCAUGAAACAGAUUGGAAAUGUGGCUGCACUCCCUGGAAUUGUGCAUAGAUCCAUUGGUCUCCCUGAUGUCCACUCUGGAUAUGGUUUUGCAAUUGGAAACAUGGCAGCUUUUGACAUGAAUGACCCUGAAGCUGUGGUUUCCCCAGGUGGAGUCGGUUUUGAUAUAAACUGUGGAGUACGUCUGCUACGAACAAAUCUCGAUGAGCGUGACGUUCAACCAGUGAAAGAGCAGUUGGCUCAAUCUCUGUUUGACCAUAUCCCAGUGGGAGUGGGGUCCAAAGGAGUUAUUCCCAUGAGUGCCAAAGACCUGGAGGAAGCUCUAGAGAUGGGCGUGGAUUGGUCUCUCAGAGAGGGCUAUGCCUGGGCUGAGGAUAAAGAGCACUGCGAGGAGUAUGGCAGGAUGUUGCAAGCAGAUCCCAACAAAGUGUCAUCCAAGGCCAAGAAGAGAGGGCUGCCACAGCUGGGAACUCUUGGGGCCGGAAAUCAUUAUUGUGAAAUCCAGGUUGUGGAUGAAAUAUAUAAUGACUAUGCUGCUAAAAAAAUGGGCAUUGACCAUAAAGGCCAGGUGUGUGUGAUGAUCCACAGUGGAAGCAGAGGACUUGGCCACCAGGUUGCCACAGAUGCCUUAGUUGCCAUGGAGAAGGCAAUGAAAAGAGACAAAAUCAUAGUGAAUGACCGUCAGCUGGCAUGUGCCCGAAUCUUUUCACAGGAAGGACAAGACUAUCUAAAAGGCAUGGCUGCAGCUGGGAACUAUGCCUGGGUCAACCGCUCAUCCAUGACCUUCCUUACUAGACAAGCCUUUUCUAAAGUUUUUGGGACUACACCUGAUGACUUGGAUAUGCAUGUUAUCUAUGAUGUUUCCCACAAUAUUGCUAAAGUUGAGGAGCACAUUGUUGAUGGCAAACAAAAAACACUGUUAGUCCAUCGCAAAGGCUCCACUAGGGCCUUUCCUCCUCACCACCCUCUUAUUCCUGUCGACUAUCAGCUCACAGGUCAGCCAGUGUUAAUUGGUGGAACCAUGGGAACAUGCAGUUAUGUCUUAACUGGCACAGAGCAAGGGAUGACUGAAACAUUUGGCACAACAUGUCAUGGAGCGGGCCGAGCUCUCUCUAGAGCAAAGUCACGCAGAAACUUGGACUUCCAGGAUGUCCUGGACAAACUUGCUGAUAUGGGUAUUGCUAUCAGAGUGGCUUCACCCAAGCUAGUGAUGGAAGAGGCUCCUGAAUCAUACAAAAAUGUGACCGAUGUUGUUAACACAUGCCACGACGCCGGAAUCAGCAAAAAGGCAAUCAAAUUACGACCUAUAGCUGUGAUUAAAGGAUAAACAAUACAGAUUAACACUUAAGACAGUAAAAAAACUUAAGACAAAAGCCACAUCACUAGAAAAACUUAAGAUAUUAAUUUAUAUGUCUGGCCUAGCUUUUUUGUGUUGUAUAAAUGUGGCUAAAAAUAUCACAAAAAUAAUUUCCUUUUUUUUUUAUAACAAUUGUUUCUGGCAUUUAUCACCAGUGAAAUGAAAUAAAAAAACAUGUGGAAAUUA